AUGGAACUUCGUGACCUCGCAGCCAUGAUGUACGACAUAUCCUUAAUCCAGUCAGGAUUUUUCGUAUCCGACCCACGCGAUUUUUACCAAAAAGUCCAGUGGAUGAUUGCCCAAGAUAUCGGGAUCGACUCUAAAGCCCCUUACAAAGAGCCAGACGUAGAAGUAGAAAUGCCACAAGAUGAAGACGUUGAAAGUUUAGACGAAUAA